CAUCCUGUCCGUAAAUGUCCCAAAUGGAGCUGGCGUUGGACCCCGAUGACCAGGGCACACUGGACUUCCUGCUAGAGGAAAGCCGAGACUUGUGGACCGUGACUGUGGAGGCGCCACUGCCCUAGGACUUGCGGCUUUCUGAGGGGCCGAGCGACGGGGACGUAGAGGAUUUGCUGAGCUCGCUGCUGAGUCCCCCAGCAUCGUUGAACGUCCUCAGCUUUUCCAGCCCCUGCCCUGUCCACCAUGAUCAGUACUCCCGCCCACACGAACAUGACUCCACGGAUCUAGGCAGCGGGAGCUGUGGAAGGCAGGGGGCCCAGACGAUUCCACUGCGAGUGGAGGAGCCGCUGGAGCAGAACAUUGCUAGACAGAUAAUGACAGAUGAGGAAAAGAGGGUGCUGGAGAAUGAUGGGCUUACUCUGCCUGGGACACCUCUCACUAAGAUGGAAGAACAACUUCUGAAACGAGUGUGGAGGAAGAUUCAGAACAAAAAGUCUGCUCGAGAGAGUGGCAGGAAGAAGGUGUAUGUUGGGGGUUUAGAGAGCAGAGUCUUGAAAUGCACAGCCCGGAAUCUAGAGCUUCAGAAUAAAGCACAAGUCCUGCAGGAACAGAAUUUGUUUCUUCUAGGUCAAUUGAGGAAACUACAGGCUGUAGAGACUGAGACAUCCAACAGAACCAGCAGCAAGAGCACUUGUGUCUUGUUCCUGCUUCUCUCCUUCUGCCUCCUCCUUAUACCUGCUAUGUACUUCUCUGACACAGGGAGCCUGCCAGCUAAGCAUGGAGUGUUGUCCCACCAGCUUCGUGCCCUUGCCAGUGAGGAUGCUUACCAGCUGGAGCUGCCUGCCCUGCGGUCAGAGGUGCCAAAGGACAGGAAAAACCAGGGGCUGAACAGCUCAGGCCAUGUACUCCAUGCCCCUGACAACUCUUCCUGUCUCCUGUACUACAUGCUGCAGGCGCCUAAUGCAGAACCUCCCCUGAAGUGGCCAUUUCUCUUCUCAGGGCCCCCUCACCCAAGUCUCAUCCUUCCCUUGCAGGCAAAUCUUACAAGAAAGGAGGGAUGGUUCCCUACCCAUAACUCCUCUUCUGUGAUCCUGCAGAGUAGAUACUCAAGUUAGAUGUGAGGAAACGGAAAGAAUGCAGCAAGAGCAUUAUUCUGUGUCCAAAAAAAGGAGAGAGAGCUGGCCUCAGCUCCUGUGCCAUUAGGAAACCUGAGGGCUCAAACACAUUGCACUUAAUUGGCGUUCUGGUUUAUUUAUUUGUACCCAUGUAUCUGUCACGCCAUGAAUGGGUCUGGGGAGAUGGACCGACCUCCCUGAACAUUUCAUGCACUGAGGGAAGAGGUGAGGAAAGAAAUAAAUAAGUGAUACCUGGGUCACCCUCAA